GUUAGAUCGACCCUGUCUAGUCUGUCUGUCUCUCUAUCUGUUUGUCUGCCCUGAAUGCAACCAUGCCUGGACUACUAUCAGCGGUGACCCUGCUAGGCGCAGGCACGCAGGGGACCCGACUUGCUUUUAUGUGGUCGCGUCUAGGAAAACCGGUCUACCUGGUCGACAAGAACCCAGCGCAGUUGACGCAAGCAAAGCGGGAAAUCGAUGUCCUGAGGAAAUCCGCCGUCGCGGGGCCGCCGUCACAAUGGGGGGAUAUUAUCUGUGCGCCGGCAAAUGAGCUUUCUACUUCGGUGGCGAAGUCGUGGCUGGUUGUUGAGUGCGUCCCUGAAUCACUGGGUCUUAAGCGCUCGAUCCUGCAGCAACUCGGAGAUCGCGCCGGUCCGGAUACCAUCAUCGCGUCCAACUCCAGUAGCUAUGAUAUUGUGGAGAUCAUGCGCGGGCUGGAGGUGAAUCAUCCGGAAAAUUUCGUGAGUUUACAUUCUUACUGGCCGCCAGAAACACCGGCCAUCGAAAUCAUGGGCUCGACCCAAACCCCCAGCGAGACUAUCUCUCUCCUGAUGCAGCAAACAAAAGCCCACGGGUUUGACCCAUUCCAUGUCAAGCGCCCUUCAACGGGAUAUAUCUACAACCGAAUCUGGGCCGCCAUCAAACGAGAAUCCCUCCUCACCUUAUCCGAAGGCGUCGCCACGCCGGCCGAAAUCGACGGCAUCUUCAAGUCCGUGCUGAAGACGCCCAAGGGGCCCUGCGAGCAGAUGGAUGUCGUCGGUCUGGAUGUGGUCCUGGAUAUCGAGAAGCAUUAUGCGGAGCUGCGGCCCGGGCUGCCGGAGGAGCCGAGGAAGUUGCUACAGGAGAUGAUUAGGAAGGGGCAGUUGGGGGUAAAGUCGGGGACGGGGUUCUUUGAGCAUGGGGAUGGUGGGAAGCGGGAGUAG